UCUCUGCAGAAAACAUAGAGGAACUCUGAAGAAACGACGAUGCCCGUUGUGAGCGUGUGAUGGGAGGGACUUUGAGCUGCUGUAAGAGACGAGUCGAGUUCAGUGUUGAAACAGUUUGGAAAGAUGAAGCUUCUACUGAGCAGCAUGCUUCUCGCUUCUCUCUGUACACUCUCAUCUUGGAGUGUUUCAUUGGACGCACUUGUUGUGAUCCAGAGUCCUGAUGUUUCCGUCAUGGAAGGGGAGGCGGUAAACAUCACCUGUUGCUGGACUGAAAACACUGAAAGAGUGUGGGUGCAGUGGCUGAAGAAUGGAACAACAGUCCAGAAGCAAAUGUGGUGGCAGAAUAAAUCUCAAGGAUCUCUGAAAAAGGACACAAAUGACUGUUCAUCUCUGACUUUUCCAAAUAUCACAAGAAAUGACUCGGGGAGAUACAUCUGCAGAGUGUUUGUGGAGAUACCAUUACAAGUGGAACGAAAUGGAACUGGUACAUUGGUCACGGUUAAUGACUUGGAGAGCACAGAUUACAACUACAACGGAGGUGAUGCCAGCAAUCUAAAAACCCCGGUGAUAGUUGCUGUUGCUGUCGUGGUUCCAUUGUUCCUCAUCACCGUCGCCUGUUUCUGCAACCUGCGAAGGAAACGAGCCCAAGCAGCCAGGGUGAUCUACGAGGUUCCCCACGUCGACUCUGAGGAGGCAGAGAUGGACAAGCACAGCACCAGCUCCUCAAGAGGCUCCUCUCAGUGGUGUCAGGUACCUGUUUAUGAAUCUGUGGAAUACUUUCAGCAUGCAGAAACCAAAGGAGAAGAAUGAGGAUCUGCCUUCACAUUUCAACAUGUAUAUAAUGUACAUUCAUCACUGAGUUAUGUAAAUGUUUUUAUAUGAUUGUAAAUAUUUUAUAUUCUUCAAUAAACUGAAUCAUAUCC